GGCGAGCAAGCCCACUGUCAAUUUCUUGGAGCAGUACUUGCAGGCUUGCAGCGGCAACUUGCCUGUGACCAAGCCCGACUGCCCGAGCCCACUAGGGAACUUGAUUAGGCAACUUCUUGAACUUGUUUGCAAAGCCUGCAACUCUCUUUAACUAUUUGAUACAGUUACUUAGGCUACACUAGGGAACUUGAUUAUUUCCUCUCACGCUCCACCUGAUUGUGCUUUCCUUUGAAUGCAGGUUAACUUUUUGGUUGUCGAAUUUAGUUGUUUUAAGGGCAAUUAUUAGCCAGGUUGUUGCGGAAUCUCAACCAUCAAUUUGUGUUGAUCCCCAAAUUGAAGCUAAUGGUGGUAAAAUGGGAAACGAAAAGAAAUCUUCUCCAUUAAAAUGGAAUGAAAGUUCUCUGAACAAGAAAGAGAAGUUUGUUUUUUCUAAUGAUUUUGAUGACUGGGAGGAUCCGCAGACAUUUGUAACUGCACUGGAAAAUGUUGAAGCCUGGAUUUUCUCCCAAAUAAUUGAAUCUGUUGGUGGCAGGUCAAUUCCAAGUGCUUUCCACCUCCCCCCUAAUUUAACGUUUCAGAUUUUUCUAGAUUAAGCAUCCUGAAUUGCUGCUAGCCUUCUGACCUGGCUUUCUGUUUGUUUCUCCAGACCCUAACACCAUAUAUGCAGUCUGCCACCGGGAUAGCAAAUGAUAAAGUAAUGGCAUCAAACUCAGGGAGUUUGGGUGAGCAAGAACAGGGGAACUUUUCUUUACACCUUUCGAAAGAAGCUUUCAGGGAUGCUUGUGAAAAGCUUUGCCCUGUUCGAGCUGGAGGCCAUGAGUGUGGUUGUUUGCCUGUGCUGGCUAGACUGGUGAUGGAGCAAUGCAUGAAUAGAUUAGAUGUGGCCAUGUUUAAUGCUAUUCUUCGUGAAUCAGCUGAUGAGAUCCCAACAGAUCCUGUCUCUAACCCCAUUAGUGAUUCCAAAGUUCUUCCUAUCCCAGUUGGAAAAUCAAGCUUUGGUAAUGGUGCACAAGUGAAAAAUGUUGUAAGUAAUUCACAUGUUGCACAAGUUCAUGUUCUAUGAC